AUGAUUGCUUUGAAGUCUUUUAUCAUUAGAAUUAUUCCAAAAACGACCUUACUGUAUGCCGCUAGGAGGGCCUAUGGCGUUGCUAGCACUGCUGUUCAACAAAGCUAUUCGAUUAAUCCAAGCCAACCGGCCACUCAUAUGAAAGCAAUUGAUAUCGCAAUGCUGACUGAAAGGCCAAUUAACACCUGGACAGUGGAGGAAAUUAAAGAAAUUUAUAAUAUGCCGUUAAUGGAAUUGGCAUUUCAGGCUCAAGUCCAACAUCGAAAAUUCCAUGACCCCACUGAAGUGCAGUUAUGUACUCUUUUAUCUAUCAAGACAGGAGGGUGCACUGAGGACUGUAAAUAUUGUGCACAAUCCAAUAGAUACGAUACUGGUGUGGAAGCAGAAAAAAUGAUUUCAAUUGAGGAAGUUCUAGCAAAGGCAAAAACUGCAAAAGAGAAUGGGUCGACAAGGUUUUGUAUGGGAGCAGCAUGGAGAGAAAUGAAGGGACGUAAAUCGGGCAUGAAAAAAAUCACAGAAAUGGUUAAAAAGAUCAAUAACGAAUUGAAACUUGAAACAUGUGUGACCCUUGGCAUGAUUGAUAAGCAGCAGGCCGAUGAUUUUGCUAAGGCAGGUUUAACUGCUUACAAUCACAAUAUUGACACAUCUAGAGAACAUUAUCCCAAUGUGAUUUCAACUCGUGCAUUCUCGGAUAGGCUAGCAACUAUCAAUAAUGUUCAAGAGGCAGGUAUUAACGCAUGUACAGGCGGUAUUUUGGGACUAGGUGAAACUGAAGAAGACCAUGUGAGUUUUUUACAUACUUUAUCUACAAUGAAGAGGCAUCCAGAAUCCUUGCCUAUUAAUAGGUUGGUACCUAUCAAAGGAACCCCAAUGGCAAAAGAGCUUGAAAAUCUACCAGCAAACUCAGAAAGAAAAUUGAAAUUCGAACAAAUCUUGAAAACCAUUGCCACUGCGAGACUUAUUAUGCCAAAUUCCAUCAUUAGGUUGGCAGCAGGUCGUUAUACAAUGAAAGAACAUGAGCAAUUUUUAUGCUUCAUGUGUGGUUGUAAUGCCAUCUUUACUGGAGAAAAAAUGUUAACAACCAUGUGUAAUGGCUGGAAAGAAGAUAUUGAAAUGCUCAAAAAAUGGGGGCUAAAACCAAUGAAAAGUUUUGAAAGGAAGACAUAUGUUUAA